AUGCAACUUGGCAUUUCGGAAAAUCUGUCCGCACUAGUUGCGCGACGUUUCGCUUCUGCGAAAGCAGGAAACAACCUUGUCUUCUCGCAAACACACCUGUCCCUAGUAACAGCUGCAGGGAUACCGUACCAACUUCGCUAUUGUCCCGCCCUUGCAAAGAAGCCAUCAAACCUCAAACCUGAGACAGGCCCAGGCCCCAAACCACCGAAACCAGAUCCAUUCCAAGACCCAUCUCCAGAGCUCCUCAUCGCCCACUUCCCCCCAGGGAACCCAUCUCAUGCCCUCGUUCUCAAUAAAUUCCCCGUCAUCCCGAACCACUUUAUCCUCUCGACGAAAGAAUGGAGAGCCCAAACAGAUAUUCUCGAAUUGGCAGACCUAGAAGCUACAUACGAAUGCCUCCGAACAUGGGGCCACGACGAUACCAAUGCUAACCCCGACCAGUCCACAACCGGACGGGCGCCUAAGCGUCUCUUCGCCUUCUUCAACUCCGGCGAAGACAGCGGUGCAAGCCAACCUCAUCGCCACCUCCAAUUCCUCCCCGUGGAAGCAAUGCGACAACCCGAAGCAGAGGGCUGGCACCCUCUCAUCGAACUCUUAACCGCUCACUCGCAAUCCCAAUCCCCCUCUACAUUCCAAUACCUCCCUCACCUCCCAUUCACUCAUUUCGCUCUUCCGAUCCCUCAAAACCCAUCGCCGGAAACUCUUCAUUCAAUCUACAUCUCUCUUUACCGCGCCGCCGUCGCCGCAACAGAAGGUCGCGACCCCCAACAAGGACCUAGAUCCUCUCUACCCACCGAAGGUCCCGCGGCGAUAAGCUAUAAUCUCGCAAUGACAUUGUCAACGAUGAUGAUUUGUCCGCGCAGACAGGAGACGGCAAGGGUGCCGGUUGACCUUGUUGCGGCGGGUGAUAUUGCGGAUCCGGGCGUUAUCUCACUCAAUGGAACAAUUCUUGCCGGAACGUUGAUGGUUAAAGCUGAGGGGGAGUGGGAUACGCUUCGAUCGAAUCCGGAGUACUUGAAUCGUGCCUUGAGGGACGUGGGAUUUCCAAGGGUCGAUUCUUAUGGUAAGGGCUCAUUGUGA